AUGAACUUUUCCCCACAAUUAGGAUUUCUAGCUCAAAAGUUUUAGGAGAAAUAAUAGAACAAUAGGAUCACAAAGAGUGAUUUAGAAUAAAUACUAGAAACUGCUAAUUAUUGUUAAUCUGAAAUUUAAUCUUUAAUCUAAUAAAUCAAUGAAGAUGAAAUAACCUAUAAUUAGUUUUUGUCGAUUGUGGGAGUUUCUGAAAAUAGUCAAAAUGUAUAAACCUAUUAAUAAAAUAAUGGGUAUGAGAUGGUUUCUGAAUAAUAAUAAAAGUUGACAUCUGAAUAGCUUCAGAGCAUUUAUGAUGAUUACAAAAUUGCAUUAAAAAAUCAGGAUUUCGAAAAAACCAAGUUAAUUCUAAAUUAGUAUAGAGAUAUUGAUUUAGUUAAUAAAAUUGAUCCAUCCUAAAGAUAAAUCUCAACAUACAUAGCUGUUUAGGGUCCAGAUGAUAAUAUAGCAUAGCAAACAUUGGAAUUGUUGUUUGAUUUUGGCGCCAACUUUAAUUACAAAGAUUAAUUAGGGCAAUCGAUUUUGUUUUAUAUCUGCAGAGACGGAAGACUAAAACUACUCGACUUUGUAUUGUCAACCAACUCUGUAAAUGUCAAUGACUAAGAUCGAUAUGGAUAAACACCUCUGUUCUAUGCUGCAAGAGAUAAUAGAUAUGACAUUGUCAUUAGAUUGAUUUAGUAUGGAAUCGAUGUUAACAUUGUGGAUAAACUUUCAAGUUAAACAGCCUUAUUCUAUGCAGCCAAUGGAGGACAUGUUGACAUAUGCAAAGUAUUGAUAGAAAAUGGAAGUAAUCCAGGACACAUUGAUUCAUCUAAAAAAAAUGCUCUAUUUUUUGCUAGGAAAUACAAUAGAAAGGAAGUGAUAGAUCUAUUUAAUAACUACUUCAAUAAAAAUAAGGAUGAUAUGUCUAAAAACAGUGGAGGAAAUGAUAAUAGCAAAGGAGAAGCACCUAGAUCGUAACAAUAAAAGCGAAAAUUCAAUAACCUCCCCAAAUAGUCAUACAAAUUGAUAUUUACAGAUAACUAAGGGAACUAGAGAGAAUUGAAUUCUGUUGAGUUUUAAAAGUUUCAAUAGGAAUACCCUGAAGUUGCUAAUUUAAUUGUAAAUGCUGAUGAAUUGAUUGACGAUACCAUCAUCAAUUAAAUUAAGGAUGAUGAUACAUGGGAGAAGAUUGCUAAGAAGGUCUUAGGCAUUAUUUGGAAGGCAAAAGGAGCUCAUUUGUUUCAUCAACCAGUUGAUCAGAAAAAGUAUGGAAUCAGUGAUUACUACGAAAUAGUUUCAAAACCAAUGGAUUUUGGAACAAUUAAAAACAAAUUAAAUUCAAAUGUGUAUAGUUCUUGCCAGGAAUUUUAUGAUGAUGUGUUGCAGGUUUUUGAAAAUUGUAUUUUGUAUAAUGGGGAAACUAGUGAGGUGGGAUAGAUCGGAUUAAGUAUCAAAUAGGAGUUUCAAAACCAAUUAGAGUUGACAUUAUUAAAAAAAUAUUUAUGA